AUGCAGAAGCUUCUUCUGGAUGUACUGUUCCUCACCAUUCUCUCAGGAGGUGUGACACUUUCAGACCUGUGAGGGAAGUUGUUUACUUUCCGUCAAGAAUCAGACACAGCCUAUGUGUCCCUGAUCCCAAGGGUGAAGAAACCACUGCAGAACUUCACAUUGUGCCUGAAGGCCUUCACAGACAUCAUCCGUCCUUACAGCCUCUUCUGCUACAGCAUUCAGUCACAGGCAAACGAGCUUCUUCUCUUUGUGAACAAAAUGGGAGAGUAUGGUCUGUCCAUUGAGAAUGUUGACACCACUUUCAAGGCCCCAGAGUCACCUUAUGCUCCAAUCCAUAUCUGUGCCAACUGGGAAUCUGCCUCUAGGAUUACCGAACUCUGGGUGAGUGGGAAGCCGGUGGGGAGGGAGGGUCUGAAGAAGGGGUACUCUGUGGGGGCAGAAGCAAAGAUUAUCCUGGGACAAGAGCAGGAUUCCUUUGGGAGGAAAUUUGAUAUAAAACAAUCUUUGAUUGGGGAGAUAUGGAAUGUGUCUUUGGGGGACCGCAUGCUCUCCCGAAAGGAGAUGGGUGCCUCAUGCUACAACGGCAAACUGCUAAAUUGGCAGGCCCUGCAUUAUGAAGACUCUGGCUAUGUGGUGAUUAAGCGCCAGGUGUGGGUUUGA